AUGGCCCUUCGAAUAGAUUCUGAUUUGCUAGCCAAGGAAGAAGCUUGGCAAUUGGGCUAUGGACGCUUCAAAUACUGCGGGCUGCGUGAAGAUCCUUUUGGGAAGCCCCCUGAUUUGCAGGCUCCAGCGGCGCUCGCAAGACUUCCUUUGCCUGAUGUAGAUGCUAGAGAGCUGCAAGGCGUCAGGGAGCUACAAAGGCGCGUUUCAGACAUCGCUUCGGUGGCGCUUCGUUCUGACUUCUGCACCCUCCUCCGUUUUUUCCAGGAAGGCCAAGGGGAUGUGGGCCGGGCAGAAGCCUGCUUUCGAGAAGCUGUAGAAUGGCAGAAGAAGCAUGACGUGCCAAGAGCCCUGACUCACUGGAAUUUGGCGCUCUUUGAGCGUUGCCUUGCACCAUGGUGGCCGACGGGUGGAUUUUUAGGCCUUGGAUUCGAGGGGGAGCCUGUGGCCCUGGAGCGAAUCGGCUGUGCGGACUGGACGGCCUUGCACGACAACGUCCCUUAUGACGUUCUUCAGAAAAUGGACAUCGUGCACUGCUUGCGCACUUUGGCCGGCGUCGAGGAGGACAGCCUUCGCAGGAACGUUCCUUUUGUGAACGCGACGCUGAUAGAGGACUUGCAGGGCAUUAGCUGGCGCACCUUCAGCCCCCGCACGCUGCAAGCCUUGGGAGCGAUCCUGAAGUCCAGGAAUCACACAGUGCCCAGAUCUGCGCGCCGAGUGCUUAUCAUCAACGCGCCUGCAGCCUUUGCAGCUGUGUGGAACACCCUCAAACACAUUCUCGUAAACCCGCACACGGCCUCAUUGAUGCAAAUAGCCAGUGCAGAGGAGUCCCUCAAGGUGCUCCGUCAGCAUAUGGACGAUUCCAUCAUCCCGGAAUACCUUGGCGGGACGAGGAGCAUCAGUGGUGAUCCAGAAUGUCGUUCACUACUGGCUCCAGGGGGCACCCCACCGGAGGCAGUUUUUGCACAUAUACGGCGCCUGAACCAAUCUUCCUAG